AUGAAGAAUUUGCUCUGGGUCAUUGCAAUUCUAGCACUUAUGAUUUCUCAGUCAAAUUGAAAAGAACCCCUUUUAGACAAUUUUAGAUCAUCCCCUGAUUUAAAUAUCAAUCAUAACCUGAUGAUGAUAGAUAAGCAUUUUAAAUAUAUCGUGCCCUUGAUCAGAUCAACUGGUUUUUUGGCUUACAGCUUUCAAGGGUCAAACAUUUCGCUCAAAGAAAUAUUUGUGUUUUCCAAUGACCUGUUUACAGUAAUCCUCAGCAUCUUUCAUUGCGACAGUCUGAGCUGAUUAACUCCUGCACAUAUCUUGACGAAGCUCAUGAGAGAAUUCAGACUUAUUUCUAGAAGCUUAAUGUCUGAGCUUGCCUAUUGGUACAAAGAGCUGGCAUGGAGAUAUGGAAAGAAAUCAUUUGGAGUUAUUAAGAAAAUCAUUGCUACUGAUGGGAUGGCUUGUUUUGAAGAGAAAUCUGAUUGCAUCCGCAUGAGAAUUGGACAAUAUUUCAUGCCCACUUUCGUAGGUAAUGACACCUCAAAUUGCUCAGAAUAUGAUGAGAUCAUUAAAAGUUUUUCUGAGCAGCCAGUCGAUCCAGGCAUCGAUUGGACAUCUCUAUGCAUUAAACUCACCAUUACUCUGGCUCUUACUGUCUUGAAUUAUCUCUUUUUCAAACUAGUUUUCCGAGAAUGGAAGAAAACCCAACGAUUAUUUCAGUUACAGUCCAAUGAAAUAUCUAUGUCAGAAAUAGAGAAUGGCGCUUUGCUAGAUGAAAAGACCCCAGAUUCACCUCAACCUCCUAAAGAAAUCAGAAAAGUCACUGACUCACACUUAAACAAAGACAGAGAAGGGGAGAUUCCAGUAUUCCUUAUGUUCAAGUAGGCAUGGUAUUCCAAUAAAUGA